AGAUCAAUAAGACAGCAGUGAAAGAAAAAUAGAGAAAAAAAAACUAUUAAUAAUUUUGAGUGCUGAAAAAUAUUUUCAUUUGCACUGCAGUGUGACGCAGUGCAGCAAUCCCCCAGCAACAUUGUUGCACAGCAAGCAACAUUUAUUGCUCCAGCAGCACACAGCCAUUCGAGUUUUUCACCUUCGUGUGUUUGUUCUUAAACUUUGCGCUACCCCUGAAAAAUACCCCACAUCAUCUCUUUUGUACCGACGUGACUGCACAAAUGCUGCUAAUGCGCAGCUUUUAGUUAAACUCAACGUCUCACUCGAUCGAUGUUUUUAACGCUCUUCAGCUUCCUCAUGAGAUUCGUAGACAUUUCCAAACUGCACAGCGAACGGUGCAAUUGCACCAACGCCGCAGACGCCUGCCAGAACAAGGUGAAAUGCUGGCAGCAAGCAGCAGCGGCGGCUGCGGCCGCUGCCGCACACAAAGCCAAUACGGCUAAUUCGAAUAGCAGCAGCACCAGCAGCGGUUGUGAUAGUAACGCCUCCUCAGCCUCGGGUGGCAGCUCUACCAAGGAGAACUACUAUGGGCAGCGUAGGCAGCAUCAUCAGCCGCAGCAGCAGCAGCAGCAACAUGUUGCCAGCCACUCAUCGGCUGCGCAACAUCAGUGCAUUACGCCUGAACAGCUACAACAAAUACGUUACUAUCAACAAAUGCAGCAACAACAAUUACAGCUAUUGCAGCAACAAUUGUUGCAGCGUCGUCGCUUACAGCAACAUUUGCGCGAACAGGGCGUGGAGGUGGGCGUGCGGGCGCGUAAUAAUAGUGAAGGAAAAAGUACAAUCUCAAGACCGGUAGCUGUCCAGUUGAAGGCAGGCGCAGCCACUUCGCCGGCGUUGACUUGCAAUCAGCAGUAUUUGAUACAACAGCGUCUGGAGCAGCAGCAGCAACUCCAGCAACAGCAACAACCACCCCAAUGGCUACGCAAUAAUUACAAUUAUCAUGUCAAUAAUCAAUACAACAACAACAACCUGCUGACGGACAAUGAUAUACUCAAUAAUAAUGGUGAUUUUGGCGCGCUUUUCAAUGACAUUGGCGUUGGAUACCAAAAAGGACAAAAUUUCCGUCGUGGCAUGACAGAAUUCUCAACAAACAACGACAUCAACAACAAAUCACAUCUAUCACAACCGCUUCUAAAUUCACCACGUCAUUUCGCCCAUUCACAAACGAAACAAUUUCAUCCACAAAAUCUCUCACAACAACCACAUCCUAAUUCUCCCCAACAUUACGCAAAUAACAUAAAUCAACAACAUUUUACCUACGCCUUCAAGCAAACGCAUAAUAAUAGAAAUAAUCAGCAAACGCUUCCUUUAAAUUCUUCUGCAAAUACAUUUCAAACAACAAAAGCAACAACAACAUCAAAUAUUAAUAGUAAUAUAAUAACAAAAAAUAACUCAUCAUCACCCACAUCUGCGGCUCAAUCGCCAUUACAUUACAAGAAUCCAUUGAAUAGCCCGAAUAAUUCGCCAUUCGCUUUCGCCUACAACAACUACGGCGAACGCGAAAAUCAAAUUGGUCGACAACAAUACCAGCAGCAGCAGCCACAGAAAAGGAGCAGCUCAUCAGCAGCCACGGCUCAGCAACAUCAAUUGCAACAACAUUUGCGCAGCAGCAAGACGUUGCCGCUUCUAACACAAACUCAAUAUCAGCAGCAUUUGAAUGAUUUGCUGCUGCAACAACAACAUUUGCAAAAGCAUCAGCAACAGCUGCUUAGCGCCAAAGACGCCGAUGACGAACUGAGCGAGGAGAGUCUGAAGCAGAAUGUUGCAAUAGUACUGAACAAUUUGGAUCGGUACAACAACGCGUUGCGCAGCAUCAUACUGAAUGAGCAAGUGAGUGGCCAGAGCAGUGUGCUCAUUGACGACAGCCUGCUGGUGGAGAGUUUGGGCGCGAACAAUAAUUUCCUGUUGAAUAGCGGCAAUACAAUGGCUGCGCCAGCAACACCUGAAUCGGAUUACAAUAGUAAUCCAACAACGCCUGGCUCGCGCCACAACAUGCCGCUCGAUAGCAACAUGUUGCAGCAGCAUCAGCAUUUGGUAGGUUUUGCCAACGCAGCGGCUGCGGCAGCGGCAACAGCCGCCGGUGGUGGUGGUGGUGGUGUUUGUGUAGGUGUUAGUAAUAAUGUUAAUGGUGGUGGUGGUGGUGGUAACUACUUUGGCAACAAUGUUGCCGGCAACAAUUUAAACUAUUCGAUUGCUUCUUCACACGAUUUCACUCAUGACAAUUCCGAUUAUCAGUGGCUACUGGACUGCGACUAUCGAGAUGGAUGCGGCAGUGGCUUGCAGCGUAGCAUUUUCUCAUCGCUAUCGGGCUCUUACAAUGGCGACAUAAUCUUCUACAAUGACUUCUCUAAGAAAUUGGAUGCUAAUCUUGCCGAAGUUGAUAUGGAGAGUUUUCGUGCCGAGGACAUACUACUCCAUAUGCCAUCGUAUUGCAAGAAUAUGAGCAACAGUAAUCGCUUACAACAAUCGUUUCUUAUACAGCAAAACAUGUUGUCGCUAAAUACACAACAAAACGGUGGCGGCGGCGGUGGCGUUGGAGUUGGCGGUUGCGCCAAUCAUCUGUCACAAACUUCGCUCACAUCCAACAAUGAGCUAAUCGACAAUUCCAUUUGCAAGUCGGAGUUGCUCUUUUCGCCCGUAAAAGAGUCGCACUUGUCGGCCGAUUCGCUAGAUAUGGAUGCGUAUCCGGAGAACGAGGACAUCAUAUUGACAUGCAAAGCGAACAAGGACAACUACACAAUCGCAUUCGAGGGAAGCGUGCUGUACUCUGACGAUAGUUUCUAUGCUGAACCCUCUGAUAUUGCCACAAAGAAUACGCAUAAUUUCAUUAAUCUGCAUAGCAAUCUGGAAGAUAUUGUCAAGCGCAAAGCCUUGGAUGUCUCGAUGUCACGCUCGGAACAGGCUACUGCGAUGCGCGGCAAGCUGCAGAAGAGUAACACGACAAAAUUGCAAAGAUACCCUUCGGGCAACAACAAUACAGCCGCCAAUAAUAUCAUUGUGCCACACGUACAACACGCACCCAGCUGCUCGGUGCGCAAAAGUCGCAGUCUACCCAAUCUGCGCGAGCAAAAAGAUCCAAACGCAAUGGCUUGCAGCAGCAUUGAGGAUACGCAACAACAACAACAACAACAUACACAACAGCAGCAACUGAAUGUUUCGCAGGCGGUUAGCACCUCCAAUAUGGAGUGCUGUAAGACGUCACGUAAUUUGCUUCCCAUGUGCCAGAUGCCAAUCUCUUCUAAUUCCAUUAUUGCCUCCAUUACGUUGGAGCGCCUAAACACCGCAGAGCAAUUGCAGCAGCAACAAAUGCAGUAUCAACAGCAGAGUGGCGCUGCCCAACAGCGCCAUAAGCAUCGCUGCUCAUGCCUGCCAGCGAAUGCCGCCACCGCUGUCGUUGCAGCUGCCGCUGCCGCUUCAAGUAGUCACAAUUGCUGCGCUGCGCAAAAGCAUGCGCCUAUUUCGGGUUCCGCUUCAUCGGGCAGCUCGAAUCCACCCGCCUUCAAUCUAGUCAAACUAUUCAUCAAACAAAAGAGCAAUAAUUCCGGUACAGAUGAGCAGCUAAUUAGUACCCAUACCUGCAUGGAUGUGUCGUCUGGUUGUUGGCCGUCGAGUGAUGCAGCCGGUUCGAGUAGCAGUUCGUCGUUGGAGCAGCGCUUACGGAAGAAGAGCAUGAACGAUUCGGGCAAAGGCUCGGCUCUGAGCAGACACGAUGAGGACGAGGAGCAGUUGUGUGCGCAAGUGCGCAAUACCUGCGAGUCGGCAUUCCAGGCGGAGUCGCAUCAUGUGCCCGCUGGUCAUCCCACGCCAACACGUCGGCACUUGCGCAUACGCAACGAUGCUGUUUUCUACGAUGAGGAUCCAAGCUCGAGCUCAAGUGGUUCAUUGACGGCGACCAAUUCGCCUGCGCAUCGACGUCGCAGCAUGCCUCUGCGUCAUCCCCAAUUGUGCCAACUGGCGAUACAACAUAAGGACGUCGGCACGGCCUGUAGUUUGCAGUCGUCCGAGGGCAGUCGCAGCAAUUCGGAACAGCUUACGCAGGUGUAUGUGUCAACUGGCACUUCGUCGGCUACACUGGAGCGUCAGCGGUCGGGUUGCGAUGGCGCGCAACCAACAGUGUCGGCUGCCUCAAGUUCGGAGUUGAUUUCGCGCUCAAUGCAAACCUCGUGCGGCUCGCUGAGUACGCGCAGUAGUAUGAGUGAUCGUUUCCGAUUCGUGCCACCUUCAUUCUUGGCGAAGCUCAACAAUUUGGGCGAGGAGCGACAGGCGCCAAUCUAUGUAAUUUAUCCUAAUUAUGCGCUACCCGAUUUGGGCUUUGUGAAGACCAACUCAACGGCAGAUGUGAUCUUCACGCCGUUCAAUUACAAAAUGGCUGUUGGUGAGAGCGAUGGCUCUACUUCGAUGUCGUCGCUGAAAAAACGUUUCAGUUUGAAUAGCAACGAUGACGAAAUACUCAAGGCCAUCGAUUAUAAACACAUAAUGGAUUGGCAGUCGUUAGCGACACUCUUGCCAACGGACUAUCGUCGACGUUUGAAACACAUUCCCGAAGUGAAUAGUUUGCUGCCCGACUUGGAUGUCGAGCUGUCGCAACGCCCACUAUUCUGCAUGACUCCUCCAAUUCGGCGCAAUCGACCACACAUCUGCGACUGUGCGCUAUACUUCCAACAACAGCAGCAGCAACAACAGCAGACACAGGCGCAGCAACCCAACGGCGAAGAGGGUUCGUCGAGCUCUGCCUCUAGUCAACAACCCAGUUCAGGUUAUCGUGGUUCGUCCACCCUUCUGGCCGACUCGGCCGAUCUCGAGACUGCAGAUCCUUUAAAACAAAUGUACGUUUAUCAGUAUGAGCAGCAGCGCAUGGACUCUGGUGUUGAAAUGAGUCCUGCAACGGGUAAAACGCCGCCUCAACCCAUGCCGCGCGGCAUUUUGCGCAAGUCUUCUUCACAUUCGGCGAAUCGUACGAAACGCAAUUCUAUGAUUGAGGGACAGCAAACGAAAUUGUCGAAACAAGAGAAGCGACGUAGUCUGCAAGAGCCACCCUACCGUCACACAGUCGGCUCAUCAGAGGAGCUGGGUGAGGUAUUCGAAGAGGAGGCCGAUCUGUAUGCAACACCACAACCGCGUCAGGAACGUCUAUCGCGUAAAGAUUUGGAUGCGCGCAUGCGCUUCCUCACAUCGCUGCCUCGAUCUGAGCUAAAGUAUUUUGCCGAAAUAGCUGCAAUAUUGGAAUCAUCAACCGAAUAUCAGGUGGCCUACGAUCCGGCGGCAUUGAAGAAAGAAGUGAGUCGCGCGCUCAGUCAGCAGAAAAAAGUUUCGUUCAAUGAUAUUCACACACUGGCAGAGAAUGAACAAGAAGGCGAUCUACAUCAGCAACAGCAACAACAACAACAACAACAACAACAGCCGAUAUUGCCACCCGAAACACGUCAACGUUUCACAACACCUCCAAAUUCACCGAAUAUCUCUGUAGCCGCUGUGCGUGGUGAGUCAGUGCCACGUCGCUCCUCACAAUUGGACCAGCAUCAAACGGCCAAGCGUUUGGCGACACUCGAGGAGCAGGAGAAACGUAAGAUUGAGAGCAAUCGCUUCAAACGAUUGCAAAUACAAUGGGAACUGAUGAGCAAAGACUCGACGAUGUUGAAGGAAUUGGCAAGCGCACAAGAAACGAAGAGCGGCGGUUCGACACCGACUUCAGCGGCAACAUCAGCGACAGCUGCGGCGGCGGUGGCAACAGCGAAUGCGGCGCACAAGUCGCGUAUACCGCGGCCCGUCAGCUACCCAGCGGGAAAAGCAAGAAAUACAAUUUGCAAGACGAAAUCUGUUCUAAAACCACUCGAAACAGUGAAAACCACUAAACUAAGUAUAUCUCCAAAAAUUACCAGAAUAAGCACACAAGAAGCUGAUGGCAAGGCGACGCGCUCGCCCAGUCGCAUAGUGCCGCCGAAACGAUACAGCAUGACAGCUGGAGCUGGUGUUGUUAUUGGUGGGCCAGCAGCAGCGCCGCCAACCGUAGGCGCGACACGGGCGCGCACACCCACCAGUCGGGCGGCUGUGACAGCGCCAAAUACACCCAAGCGCAGAGUGCAGUCUCCAAGAACAGUAACGCGUGUGCGAUAAAGAACAAAUCAAGCCAGCCAUUAACACCGUUCACAUAAAUACGCAUGUGAAGAUAUGCCCUGCAACACAAAAACAAACAACAACAAAAAAAAAACCUAAUACAUAUAUGUUUCUAAAUGCAUUCUUUUGGAACUGAUUUUUUCUAGUAUAGGCUGAAAAGUGUGGUAGCGCUCCCAAUAGGCGUGCCAGCGCUGGUCUGCUAAUUCGCGGAUGGAGAGCAGAGGAGAGGAGAGAGAAAUUGAAAAUUAUGCUAAAAUUACUGCAAUUUGAUAUCGAUACAAUUAAGAAGUGCGAAGAGCAACAAGACCAACACCAACACAUGUUUACAACACAUAGCAGGUGGUGCAAGCAAAACUGUUGUUUAUUUCCCCCCCUCAUAACUGAGGCGCGGCAACAACACGUCUAUGGGAGCCGAGAGAAAUUGAAUAUGAAAAUAAAAGCAAGCGAAUUGCAAUCGUUAGAGAAUCGUAAAUGCUACGCGCAACUAUAUACAUAUGUACAUACAUACACGUAUAUGCAUGCAGCUGUACGUACUCGUAUGCACCUAAAGUGAUAUUUCGUGAAUGAGCAAAAGUCGAAGUGCAGGCGGAUGGCAAGAGUUGCGACGAUAUGCCUCGUGUAUUUCCUUAGUUGCUAAUCUACUAGUAUACAUUUAAUGAGCUAAUGGAAUCAAUAUUUAAUUUUUCGUAUUGUUCUUAUUUAUAUUAUCUACAUAAUUAAAAAAAAGUUCUAAUUUAAAAUUGUAAAAUGUAAUUCAAUAUUCGUAUGCAUAUAAAAACGUAGAGAAAUACGAUGAUAUGAAAAAAAACGAGAAACAAAAAGCAAAAUAUAAUAUAUGAAAAUGGACAUAUGCAUAAAUAGUUUAUACAUACAUACAUUCGUACAUACAUAAAUGAGCAGCAAGCAGCAGCAGCAGCAUGCAUGCAUGUCAAUACAUAAGACUUUGUAAACGAAUUAAAGACAAAUGUAAAAGAGCGAAGAGAUGUGGGGUGGCGAAAUGCGAAGCCAGUCGUCGUGUAAUCAUUUGGUUGAGAGCGCAUAUAAUAUUUUUUUUUAAAUAAAUGAGUGUGAAGAAGGCAUAGAGAAGCGCAGGUGGUGAAGGUAGAGGAUUUACUAAUGACCGCGUGCUAUCAGUGUACGCUGCUCGCUGGCCAGCUUAGAAGCGAAGGAACCCAAAGCGCCGGCGAAAAACGUAUUACAAAAAUUAGCUCAAAUUCAGCAAAGUAUUGCUAUAUGCGCCGUAAAUGUGUGCAAGAUCACAGUAUCAAUAAGAAAAUAAGUGAAUAUAAAAAAAGCGAUAGCAAAAACAAAAGCAAACAAAAAACAUACUCAUUUUAAAAGAUGCAUCACAUCAAGCGAAUGUAAUAAAAGCGAAAAAAAAUUCUCCAUUCACCUUACUACCUACCUACAUAACUACCUACCAAACUAAAUAGAGCGCAUUUCAUUUAGUGAGGCACACACACAUACAUAUUUACAUACAUACAAAUGUAUGAGCGCGCAUGGAUUUCCAAUUAAAAAAGUGCAUUCGAUUUAAUUUAGCCAGCUAAAUUAAAGAAAAAUAAAAUGAAACCACAACAACAACAAAGCUUAUUACAUGCACAAGUACACACACACUCACACACACACAUGCAGGCACACGAUAAUCAUCAUUUUUGCCGGUGUGUUGCAAAGGAAUGUUGACUGAUGAUUUGAAAUGAAAUACUUUAAAUAUUUUAUGAAUUUUUCAAUUGCUGCUUAUGAAAUGCCUUGAAAUAUCGUAGUUUGCGCUUUUUACGUUGCAAUUUUCAUUUACAUAAAACGUAAGCGAAAAGGAAUGUAAUGAAAUGUAAAAAAAAAAAAAAAAAACAAAAAAAAAAAAUUAGCAAUGCGAAAGGAGUAAUGAAAAUCUGCUUUAUUGAAACGUUUAAUUUUUUUUAAGUAUUUGUAAAGUAAGAUACAGACAUACACACAAACACCCACUCCCUGCCAAUUUUGUUCAUGUCUAUUCGUUGUGAUUAUAUUUUACGUUGCAAGCGACGCGUGAGGCGCUCGAAAAGCAAACAAAACAAAAAAAAAAAAAAUAUGAAAAAUAAAAGAAAUCUAUUGGAAGCGU